GGAGAAAGAGCUCGUACACCUCAGUGCACAUUGGUACUGGUCGCUCACAUAAUAUACUUCGGAACUAUCUGCUUAUUAUAUUGCACCGUGGGACUUAUUGGUACCGUUGCACCCCGGAACUGUCUGCUCACACGUUGCACACAGGGGCUGGCUGCACACACAUUGCACCAGGCACUUCUGCUUAUACACUGCAUCUUGCUAGUGGCCACUGACUGAACAAUGGGACUCGUUGCUCCCGCACUGCAUCCUGUGAAUGGCUCUUGACUGGACUUGUGUAUCUGCAGCUCACUUUCCCCCUGGAGGGGUUUGUCUGCUCGGCUCACUACAAACUGGGGCAAGUUACUCAUCUCUCUGGCUGUUCAGCGAGCCCUGGAUCUGACUUUUGAAUGACAUCGGCUACAGAAUGUCUAAAUAUUGUACUUUUGUACUGGUUGCUCCCUAUAUGAUUGUCUGUGGCUGCUCACUGCAACCUGUGACUUAUUGCACACUAUAGGCUGCUGCAUGCUGUUUGUACCAAUGCACUAUGUACCAUCCAAUACUAAACUAGGACAUUAUAAUACCCUGGAAUUGGCUGCUCCUUCACAAUAUACAGUGACUAUGAGUAAAUACAUCACAUUCUGAGAGUGAAAAUGACACAGGACGUGUCAGGGCACACAUUCUUCACUCUCUGAUUUGCAGCCUACAUUGCAACCUUGGAGUAUUCGCAAACAGACUGCAGUCCAGGGCAUUUACUCUGUUGCACUAUACAAAGAACCUGGAAUAAACAACACAGAAUAGAACCAAAGUGUCUUUUUAUAUAUACUAAAUACACAGGUUGGGUUUCAGAAUACUUUUGCACACCAGAGUGAAGAAAACUGCAUUCCUCCGUUUUGUGUUAAUAAUUGAUUUUUCACUUUAUCUUUCACAAAGAGCUAAUAACCACCACAUGGGCCGUGAUGGAACCCCCCGCAGGAUAUCAGGAGAUAGACGGUAUGAGACUAGGAUACUUGCGGGUUGGCGGCAGGCAGCUUUUUGCGCUGGCUCAGGUGCUGAGCGGUCCCUUGCGCGGAGUUCCGCGGGGGCGCGUCUGCCGGAGGAUGGAGAGGCUACAGAUACAGAUACGGCGCUGUGAUCUGCGUGAACUACGCGCUCUAAAAGCACUGAGGUCAGUGCCCAGCCGGGCCGUGCAAUGUUGCCUCAUCUCGCGGGAGGACCUGCACAUAUUGUGCUCCUCCCGAUGGGGCCCCAAGGAAGGGACACCGGUACAUAACAGCAGGGCACCAGGGAAGGACUGCAUCUCUCCAAGAAUCAGAACAACUUUGCCACAAGGGAUUAGACCAAAUCUAACUAAUCUGUUCCAAGGAAGCCAACGAAGUCACCUGCCUGGACACAGCCCCGCCACAUCAGUUGGAUAUUCCAGCCCUUCCGAUCAUACCAGCUCUUCUGACAAUGAAUCUGACAGCAGCGAGGAGAGAAGACCCAGGUACCGGCCCCUAAGGUUUAAAAAGCGGAGUCGCAGCAUUGGGGCGCAGGCGAGGAACAGUAGAAAGCCAAAAGUCUGCACGGAGGCUGCACCUUCUUCCCAGUCUGAAUCUGUAAAUGAAGAGGAUGGGACCAAAAUACAGCAAAGCAAAGGUGAUGUGUCACUGGAGGAAAACACUUGUAAGGAGCAAGACAUUGUAGAAGAAUCAAAAGAUCAAUCUCAAAACUUGGAACCCCCUGGUGUCGAUGAGGGCACAAAUCUAGAGGAAAAUCCAGUUCAGGCCUCUGACCCUGAACCGCGGAUCCAGCAGUUUGACCGGCUGGUUAGACAGUCCAAGCUCUGGUGUUAUGCCAGGGGGUUCAGGACAGACUCCAGAGAUUUACUACCCAGGCUAACUCACAAAGCAAGGACGACCACUGGGAGCCGGAGAGUGGGUAGACCAUGUGGCAGAAUGGGGCAAAGGAAGAAAAAAACUCCAUCUGGAAGAAUGGAUGGCCCUCAAAGCAAACGACUGAGCAGCACCACUAACCACCCCAUCAGGCCCGCCUUCAGUUUCCUGGACAAUUUCCCUGUGAUCCCAUCUCUGGUGGUAGGUGAGGAUGGAGACCUGAACCCUGCCUGUUCUUUACGGACCAAUAAUUCCAAAAAUGUAUCUAAAGCUCACCCUGUGUGGGGUUGGCACCUUGGGGGCAAUGCCAUUCCUCUUCCCCCCAGCCUUAAAUUCAGAACUUUUCCUUUAGACCACCUGUGAGUUUACCUAUGUAAUAACGCCAUAAAGUAUCUACUGAUUAUAUGCAUUGACUGACCUUAUUGAUGGGGGCCCACUCUCUGCGAUCAAACAUUUUCACAUAUAUUAUAUACAAGUAUUUCACAUAGGUCCUUUAUGUCAUUCGAUUUGCAUCCUAGAGGACACAACCAAAUCCUCACAUAUAGUCUAAGGUAAAUUCUCAGACCCCUUGUGGAGAUUACAGUUUACACGAGAUACUUGUUGAUCUCAAGGGAAUUUUGAUCAAUUAAAGAAACCCUUACAUUGCCCUUAUUCUCCUAAAAAUAAACCUUCAUAUACGUUCAGUUCCUUAUAGCACACGAUCUAAUUUGUUUAGUUUUUUUCAUAAUGCCAAAUAUAUUUGAAGAUGGUAGAUGAUGGCUUAAGUAUUAAACCAUAUACAUUCAAAGUGAAGUGGUGUUGAAGUGUAUAUUUAAUAUAUAUUAUCUUGUGUCGUCACUGUUUAAAGGGCAGCAUCAUUUACACCUGACAGUAUUCUUGUACUGACUGUAUGUAACUGUGAAAUAGAAGUGGGUGCAGCUAUUAGCAUUUAAAUACAUCACAUGAUUCACCUUCUGCUCUCUUCUAUACACCGUUAUCAUCCGUUUUUAUGCUCUUCAGAUACUUCCUUCUUGGAAUAAUUUAGUGAUCUACUGACACUCACUAAAUGUUUGCAUAAUCUGAUUGGCUUUAUAGCUGCCUGUUACACCACAAAGCCUCCACUGAUAUUCUCAGAUCACACUUUUUUUAUAUAAUGGAAUUUAAAGCCAAAGUAAAUGUAUCAGUUGUAUUUGCUUAUUUGAUAUAAUAUGUUUAUGGGAUAGUAAUAGUAGUUUAAUUCACUGGAAAACAUUCACACUAAGAUAAUGCUCAAAGAAAUAUAUCUGCAGUGCCACUUUUCCCAUUCCUUACAAUUCCUGUGAAGUUUAUAUGACGUUGGUGAGCUCACUCAUGUUUCAGUGCCUAUAGUCCUAUAGUUGUCAAUCUGCAAAUGUAUUUGUAAUACAGUUUACACCAUAGAUUAUUAUCUCCCCUUAUGGAUCACUCAUCCUCUCCCAGGCGGCCUGUCACAAUUAUUCCCAAAGUCACAGACUCGCCAAAACACGUUCAUUAAAAUGUUGGGGCACAUAAUCUGCCCUUACACAUCUGAGAUUCCCUGAUAAGUAUGUAUCAAUCAUGUCACAAUGUAAACACAUUUAAUCUGUAAGUGUAACAAAAUAAACACACGCCAGAUUACUACUUAUUGUUCAUGUCACACUAGGUUUCAAAUUUCCCACCGAAUUCUACAUCUUCUGGAUAGGAAUCUUUUAACUUUACCAGUAUUUAUGACUUUGCAUGCUUGGAAAUAACAGCUGCCAUCAAUAAUAUGACAGCACAGAAGAUGACAUGUCACAGUCACCUUUUUUUUAACAGUCCUAUCCUAAGAUUGUUUUAGUUAGUUUCCACUGAUAAACUUUUUAUUUUUUUUUCUACACAUUUAUAUUCCUUAUUGUGGAAGGACUACAUCCAUUUUUUGUUGCCUGAUCAAAUAGAACGCAAUCCAGCAAUUUUCUCAUGCUAAAACAUUUGUUGUCAACAUUGUUUUUUGUUUACCUUGACUUUGUGCAUAUGAUCUAUAUAUUAAUUGACAUAAAUAUUGUUAAUAUGGAUUAACCCUUAAAAGCCAAGGGAGGUAUGCUCAGAGAGCAGGGGGCCCAAUCCUUUACUGAGCAUUAAUACUGCGAUAAAAAGUAUGUGUGUGUGUAUAUAUAUAUAUAUAUAUAUAUACAUACAUAAACAAACACACAUUUUGAGGACUCCCACCUUAGUUUUAUAUUUAUUAUUUGAACAAUCCUUUGAUUUAUUUUUAAUUUUGGAAGGGAAUAACUGGAGAUUUUCGUCAUGGAGGCUUUUGGUAACAUACUAUGAACUAUUUUUAAAAUAUUUUGUAAAGGAGAGUAUUUUUGUAUAAUGUUAUUCAACAUUAGAUGAGGUUGUGGGAAAACGAAGCAAUGUUUUUGUUUCUAAAUUGUUCUCUUUUUUUUUUUUUUGUUUGUUGUUUUCUUCUCAUCAGUAAUUCUUUAUUUUUAAGAUAUCCAAAACAAUUAUUUUUGUGUAAACAAAAUGACUUAAUUUAUAAAGAAUUAUCGUACAA